AUGCGUUUAAUAAAAAAAAAUAUUGAUCGUGGUUCAAGUGGUGAACUUAAACUUGAACCUGAAGAACAAGAAGAUAUGUGGCAUGCAUAUAAUUUAAUAGCUGUUGGUGAUAGUCUACGUGCAUCAACUGUAAGAAAAGUUGUUCAAACAACUGAUACAGGUUCAUCAACAACAACAAAAAAACGAAUGACAUUAACUAUUGAAGUUGUUUCUGUUGAUUAUGAUAGUGUUGCAUGUGCAUUACGUGUCAAAGGACGUACAAUUGAAGAAAAUGAAUUUGUUAAAAAAGGUUCAUAUCAUACAUUAGAUUUAGAAUUACAUAAUGCUUUUACAUUACAAAAACAUGAAUGGGAUUCAAUAGCAUUAGAUCGUGUUGAUAUGGCAUGUAAUCCAGCACAUCAAGCUGAUGUUGCAGCUAUUGUUAUGCAUGAAGGUUUAGCUAAUUUAUGUUUAAUAACUGAACAUUUAACAAUUCAUAGACAAAAAAUUGAACAUACAAUACCACGUAAACGUAAAGGUUUAUGUGCACAACAUGAUCGUGGAAUGGAAAAAUUUUUUGAUUCAAUUAUAUCAGCUAUAUUAAAACAUAUUAAUUUUCAAAUAGUUAAAGCUGUUAUUAUAGCUAGUCCUGGUUUUAUUAAAGAUCAAUUUUAUCAAUAUAUGUUAAAUAAAGCAACACGUGAUGAUGAAAGACAUUUAUUAGAUAAUCGUAAUAAAUUUAUUUUAUUACAUUCAAGUAAUGGUUUUAAACAUGCAUUAACAGAAAUUUUACAAGAUCCAUUAGUAUUAAAUCGUUUAUCGGAUACAAAAGCUGCUGAAGAAAUGAAAUUACUUGAUCAAUUUAUGCAUCUAUUAAAUGAUGAACCUGAUAAAGCAUAUUAUGGUUUAGAAGUUGUUGAAAAAGCAAAUCAAUCACAAGCUAUUGAAUAUCUUUUGAUAACCGAUGAACUAUUUCGAAAUAUUGAUUUUACUAAACGACGACGUUAUGUUCAACUUGUUGAUUCAAUUAAAGAAAGUGGUGGUAUUGUACGAUUAUUUUCUAGUAUGCAUGCAUCAGGUGAACGAUUAGGUCAAUUAACGGGUAUUGCUGCUAUUCUACGAUUUCCUAUGCCUGAUCUUGAUUUAAAUGAUGAACAUCAUCAUCAUCAUGAAAUACAUGAUGAACAAUAUGAUUUCAAUAAUGGUAAUUUACAACCAAAUCCAAAUCGACCUAAUCAUAAUUUUGAUAAUACAAAUGACGAUGAUGAUAAUGAUGAUAAUGAUGAUGAUGAUGAUGAUGAUGAACAAUCAACAAAUAAUGAUAGAACAUUAAAAGAAACUCGAGCUGAAGCAUCAGCUUGGUAA